ACCACAGUUUUAUGUCCAUUAAAUUGUUUUGUAGAGACUAAAAUCAGGAAAAGUUAUGGAGUGUUUAAAAACACAAGCCAUCUUUUUACUAAUUUAUUUUGAUUUGUAAGGAGAUUGUUUUUAUGACAACUACACAUUAUCUAGAAGAGUUUAGAAGCAAAAGAACUGUGUUGAAUAUAUUCAUUAUCCUUUUUUUACAAUCAUAUAUUUUAGCUGAUAAGAUCACACAAAUACUUUCAAAUUUCAUAUAUCUGCAACUCUAAAAGAAUUUAAAAAGGAUGCAUUGUACUAAAUGUCUAAACCGAAAUGCAACACAAUUACAUAAAACAUUUCAAAAACAGUUGCGCUCAUGGAAGCGAUGCUUGAAUGCUUCAACUGAAAUUACUGAAAAAGCACCCAAUGAAAUACCAUAUCAUAUUUGUAAAAACGACCCUACUCAACACACAAUGGAAGACUACUCCAAGUUAUAUAUCAUACCGAAUAAUGAAGUACAAGGCAGAUUACAACAUGCUGUCCCAUUACAAUUUAAAGAAUUUUCCGACAUAGUUCGAGAAAGUGGUAUAAUUCUCCGUAAACCGUCGCUUAGUAUUUUAAAAAUAUUUCAAGAAUCGAAAUUACACCCUCCACCAAAGAUUUUGCUCUAUGGUCCUGUAGGUAGUGGGAAGAGCUUGUCUCUCCUCCACAUCAUUCAAUAUUGUUUACUCAAAGACUGGGUUGUACUGCAUGUACCAAAUGGUUUUCACUUUAUCGAUCGUCAAGGUAGAACGCCUAUCCAAGAAUCACAAUGGAGGACUGCACGUGUGGAUCAACCGGAAGAAGCAAUGUUGUGGUUAAAUCAAUUUCGAAACAUGAACCCAAAAUUUCUGGAAGAGACUAAAACAACUCAAGUGUAUAAAUGGGGAAAAAGAGAAAGUACAGACAAAGACCAGCCAUUGUUACACGUUGUAGAACAGGGCGUUGGCCGAAGCAUGUUCUCCACUGAUGCUGUUGGUGUUAUAUUAAAAGAAAUUCAGCAGAAUACAAGUCUUAAAGUGUUGUAUGCGGUUGAUGGCUUUAAUAGUUUCUUCGGAAAGACAUCACACAAAUUAAAUGGAAGAUUGGUGAAUCUGGAAGAACUAUCUUUGAUUCGCCAUUUCACGAAACUGUUAAAACCGGAAUAUUCUCUUCCAAACGGAGCAUAUGUUAUGGCAAUGUCCCAAUCCUCGCAUUAUUUAGUCAAAAAGGCUGGAUACGAAGUUAACGAGAUAUUGCCAGAUGAAGUAUUGCAUGGUUUGGGUGAUUACACAGCAGUUGAAGUCCCAUAUUACAACGAUCAAGAAUAUGAAACGAUGAUGAAGUAUUACCGUGAAAAAAGAUGGAUGACAAAAGAACUGACCGAUUCAUUAUUACAACAAGUAAAGUUCAUGACGGCAGCAGAUCCAACACUGGUACGGAAAUUUUGCGCCAACAUGUAACCAAAUGUACCAACAUGCAACCAAAUGUACCAACAUGCAACAAUAUUAAAGAAUAUAUUUUUUAAUUCGAAA